AUGCCCAACGCCUCUUCCUGGAGUGCCAGCUCGCCGCUGCUGCUGCUCUGGGAGGACUCCUCCGGGCCCCGCAUCUUCCUGUCGCUGCUCUACGCGGCCCUCGCUAUCUCAGGGACCUUAUCCAACGUGAUGGUCAUCUACCUGGUGUUCUCCUUCAAGAAGCUGCAGACCACCAGCAACGCCUUCAUCGUCAACGGCUGCGCGGCCGACCUCAGCGUGUGCGCCCUGUGGAUGCCCCAGGAGGCCGUGCUGGGGCUGCUGCCCCCCAACUCCUCUUCCCUGCGCUCGGCCGAGUACCGCCUGCUCCGCGGGGGGCUCCUGGGCCUCGGCCUCACCGUCUCGCUGGCCUCCCACCUGCUGGUGGCCUUCAACAGGUACGUGCUCAUCACCAAGCUGCCCAGCGUCUACCAGGCCCUCUACCAGCGCCGGCACACGGGCUGCAUGAUCGGGCUCUCCUGGGCCCUGGCCCUGCUGCUGCUGCCGCUGCUGCCCGGCCUCUGGACGCCGGGCUCGGCCCCGCAGCCGCCCCCCCGGCAGCCGGCCGGCGGCUCCCGCUACACCGCGCUGCUGCUGGCGCUGGCCGUGCUGGGCCAGACGGCGCUGCUGCUGCACUGCUACCUCGGCAUCGUGCGCCGGGUGCGGGGCAGCGCCAAGCGGGUCAGCGUCCUCAACUUCCACCUCCUGCACCAGCUGCCCUUCCCCGCCGCCCCGCCGCCGCCCCGCCGCGCCCAGCGCCGCCUCAGCAGCGUCUCGGUGCUGCUGCUCUGCUGCGUCUUCCUGCUGGGCACCCAGCCGCUGGUCUGGGUCAGCCUGCUCGCCUUCUUCCUGCGCCCGGCGCCGGCGGCGCUGCAGGCGGCCAGCUGGCUGCUGCUCUGCUCGCUCUCGGCGCUCAACCCGCUGCUCUACACGUGGCGCAGCGAGGAGUUCCGACGGGCGGCGCGCUCCGUCCUGCCCCGCGCCGAGGGCUCGGCCGCCCCGCGACACCCCGCGGCCGCCGCCGCCGGCCCCGCCACCGCCGCCCCGCCCUGCCCGCAGCUGCCGCGGCGCCGGGGCACGGUGUGCGGAGCCCCCGCCGCGCCGCGCUGAGCGCCCCGGGGCCCCGCGGAGCUCGGCGAGGGCAGCCCCGGCGCCUCCGCGCCCCGCCGGCCCCGCUCGCCGCCUGCUGCCCGCCUCACGCCCCUCAGCCCCCUGAACGCGGCAGCGGGCCCGAGCCGCCCCCGAGCUCCUCCAACGGCUUCAGCGUCUGGCCGGGACUCGCUGUAAGCUUGUUUUUCUUGCUUUUAUGAAAUCGGUGUGAUUCUCCGAGCGUUUGAAAUAAGCACUUUGAGCUCCCCGAACACAAGGGCCAUUUGUGGAGAGCUGGCAAAUGUCUCGUGCCCCUCCCCAGAACCCCUCAGGAACCGUUUCCUUGCCCCCCAGCUCUGCCGUCUCAGGGCUCCAUGUGGGACCCUCGUUGACCUCCUCUUUGGCAAACUUCAAGAUGAUGCUAUCUGUGGAAAUUGUUAAAAACAGACACCUUUUUAGUAAUCUGGUUUGGAUUUUUUUUUAAAAAAGCUCUUUAUAUAAGGCCUGUUUUGACAAGGGCCUCAUGCCUGUGGUAAUGCACUCAGUAAAAUAUAACGCAAUAUGGAGACUAGUGCUGUCCUCCUGGCCUUAUCAUCUGUUCGGUUACCAAUUUGUUGUGUUUCUAUUAGAUACGUUAUUGUUGCAGCGGGAUUUCACAGCUUCUGCUAAAUAUAAAAUGACAGAUUUUCUGUGGCGUUUGGAAAGGCGACAGCUCCUCCCACGGAGGGUGGCGAGGGAAAUGGGGCUGGCGGGGAGUGCUGCAGCCGCCUUCCUCUCAGGAACGCACCCGAAACACCGCUGGUUCCCUCUCCUGUGCCUGACCACCUCCUGCCCCUUUUCCAAGCUGAUGCUGUUCUCAUGGUGAUGGUGCUUGGUUUGCCUUCUGGCACACAAGGCUGGAAGGGGGAAUUCUUUUCUGAAUCUGUGGCCGCUGCUCAUUAAAACAAGCAGGGCAGAAACACCUCCGUUGUGCUGUCUUGAGAGGGUGAAUGGACACGGGGAGCAAAGGAGAGUUUCUGCAUUUGAUGACAAGUAUUCAUGUGAGCUUGGCAGUUCUUAGGAGAAUAUUUGGAUGCUAAGACAGUACAGAGGAAAUGAGCACAAUGCUAUCACAUCAAAGGCUACUUGGCCAUAUUUACAGUUCUCCACACUUCACUCACCUUGCGUGCUGUGGCUAAAGUUUCAACAGAAGUUUCUUUUAAAGGAAUAAUUUCAUUUUUUCCUGACUCUUAGACCCAAUUCAAUAUCUAUGAUACACAGAUCUAUAUAUAAAUCCCCCUACCAAUCUUCUAUUUUUCAAAAUAAAUAAAAAAAGUUGCCAUCAUCACAGAAAAGAUUCUUCUUGAGGAUGGGAUUUGACAAAGCCAAUGAGCUACGGCCUCAAAAGGAGAAAAAAUAAAAUGUCUUGAUGUCCUGAUAAUGUAUCCAUAUCUUGAAAACAGCUGUAGUCAUUUACAAGGACCUAUAGGAAAGUAAGAGGAGUUUCCUAGGAUCUGAGGCUGACGGAGUUUCCAACUCCAUGUCAGAGACAGCAUGCCACAUGUGUGACAGCACUGGAAGGGUCGGGAGGGCUAACAAGGAAUCAUGGUCAUAGAAAGUUUGCAAGGUUUAUUUUAUCCACUGUGUGCAUCUGUCUUGGAAAGUACUGUCUUCUUGUAAUCUCACAUCGUAAUCAAAGUGACUGUACUUUUGCUAGCUUUGCGCAGCAAAUGGAGACAAAGGAGAGCUGUUCCAACCACGUCUACACCAAUUCUGGAACAUACUCUGAAUCACUGCCGAAACAAAGCUAAACCAAGGGCCUCCCAGGGCUAAGACGCUGUUCUACUAUGAGGUAAUCCUUGGGCUGGAACCCACAAAAGGAUGAGUGCCACCACUUCCCACCAUAGCUGCAGACACUUGGCAAAGCUCAGUACUGGGCCCAUAAGCAAAGGAACAAACAUUAAAGUAAUCAGCCAGACAACAUCCCCCCUGAUUUUGACUAUGGAACACGGCAGUCUGGAAUUCAAGCAAUAACCUGUUUCAGAAAUCAAUAUCCAAAUGUCAGAAAAUGAACUUCUGGGUUUCUCCCAUAUCAAAUAGCAUGCAAGUUAAAUCUGAAAUGCCUGUAUUUUAUAUAGACAAUGUUUUAAAUGCAAGUAUGUAUAAAAAAUGCUAUAGUGCAAAACGUCAUUCGGCUAUCCUCAUGCUAUGCAUUAAUUCCAGAGAACAGCUGGAAAUCCCUUGGAAAGUUUGAUGUAAUUACAUCUGACUGUAAAUCUUUGACUGUUUUAAUACACUCAGGUGACAUAAAUAGCAUUACGCAGAAAAUAAUUUUAAUUUUAAAUUUCUCUAAUUAAAAAAAAAUAUUCUAAUUUAAAUUUUAAAGAAUUUAAGAAUUUAAAAUAAAAAUGAUGUUAAUUAAAUUAAAUCUUUAAAUUAAGAAUUUUAAUUUUAAUUUAAUUUAAAAAUUUUAAACUUACUGCUCAGAAAAGUCCUGUAUGCCUUGUUCUGCAGCGAUAUUCUUUGUAUUUCCACAUUAUAAAUACUGUGUGGUAAAUCACAACGGAAGCACAGCUUAACUCAACUUUUCCUGCCUCUGUGUUACUGCUUCUUAUAUGAGAAAAUUGAUCGGUCUCAGUUUUUAGCAUUUCUGCUUUUCUUUUUACAGCCAAUACAUAUGUGUCCCCUGCUAGCUUACUGGUGACUUUUCUUCAAUAUGAAUUUGUUAUGUUCACACUACUAAUUGACAGGUGCAAAGCAUGCGUUGCCAGUUGUCCAUUAAAAUGUGCAGGUGCAAGGCAUAUUUGUACUUUUAAAUAUUGUUCUUUAAAAUGUUUCAAACAAUCUUUCAAAAGAUGUAAAUGAAGAUGGCAAUGAAGCGAAGUUGUCUUUUGAUCUGGCAUGGUGCCAAACAAGUUUAGCAUGUCCUCGAGCUUCCCCUCCUGGAAUGACCGGUCAGCUUCAUGAAUAUUGAACGAUGGGUGUGAUUUCACCAAAGUGUUGAAUUUCUUAUACGGCAGUGCAAAUGCAUCACGUUAUUCAUGUGCAGCAGGUGCCUAUUCCUUUGCUAUUUCCUCAGGGCUUCUGGAAAUGAGCAGCUAGCAGUCAGUAACAAGCUGGAUGAAUUGUGGUCAGUUGUAUUGGUCUGGCUUGAAACAGCCAUUUGGUAUUACAACCAAAGUAAAUUUGCCUGUAAUUUAGCCACUCAGUUUGUGAUUUGCCUAUGCAGAAAUACAGCCUUUCCCUGCGGGACCAGCUCUUUGCAGGUAAAAUUGUCAUGCUUCAGAACUACACCCCAAGGCAGGUGUUAACAAAUACAGCUAUUUGUGAAAAAGCUUGCAGGGGCUGUUUGUGAAGUCACAGUUUGGACCAAAUCAUUUGAAGUUAUCUGUAAUUUAAGGUAGUUGUAAAAAGCCUUGAGCUCUUUUGUGUAAUCAGGUAGCUCCAAUAAUACGGACCUCCACCAAAACUGGACAAUUGUUGCCCUAGACAAAGGUGCCAUGAACAAAGUAAGGCUGGGAAAAUGUGACAAGAGGAGAUAAAGAUGGCAGGGAGAGGGCACUAACAGUGUGAUCCUGAGAAACAGUACAGAGAAAAAGGUCAAAAAGCCAAAAGAGGCCUGGGAUUAUGAUGAAAUAAACCCUAUAAAAUUGUUUGAUUCCUUAUACGGGUGAGAAAACAGAAUUCUAUACUUUUCUUAAUAAGUAAGACUGCACAGUUGCAUUCUCAAUUUCUUCUUUUAACAAACACACCAGCAGAUUUUCAUUAAUCUCUAGCAUCAAAAAAGACUACCAGUAUGAAUUGCAUCAGAGUUCUUAUGGAGACUACAUUCAUCAGCACUACUGGACUUACAAGCAGGAAUAAGAGCUUACCUCUGGAUUCAGUCAGCCAUAAGCACACUGUGAACCUUUUUUUCUAACUACCAAAUUGAUGCUAUUUUUAAAAAAACCCACAUACAGAUUAUUUUCAAAUGAAGACGUUUAAGUGUAGCAUUUCAUUAGAGAAAAAGUGACAACAUAUACUUUAGCUUUCCAUUUCAUCUUAAAUCACAUAACUAGAUUAUUGCAGUAUUCUUUAAAUUCAGAAGUCCCUUUCCCAAACGGCAGCGAAAAUAGCUUUUCUCGUGACUGUUUAACUUCUAAGAAAGCUACCUUUUUUGCUCUUUUAUGUCAAUCCUUCCCAUGCACUGUCAUCAUUUUACCAGGGUAAUAGUCUCCUUUCUCGCUUUUUCUUUUUCUCCUUUUCUCUCUUUCUCUCCUUUUUCACUAUUUUCUGUAAUUUCCCUCACUAAGGGCAGAGCACUUGAUCCUGCUGAUCAAGGAAUGACUUGAGCAGUGUAAGUCUGGGGAGACAAAUGUAAACUAAAACUAAAAAAACUGAGGGAGAAGUCCCACAUGCUUAAGUUUCUACUGAAGGCUAAGAAGUAGUUGAAGGUGUGCCUUUUUGCUGUGUAGAGUAGUGGAUAAUGCUGUCUGUAUUACAGAUAUUCACAUUUGAUUAAGGCUAUGUAAAAAAAAAAAAAAAAAAACAAAAAAAAAAAAAAAACCUAAAGUGAUACAGAAAAAAAAGUUACAAAUAGUUUGAAGGUUGGAGAAAAACAUUCAUUGUUAACAUGCAUUGCGAUUAACUCAUUACAGCUGAGCUUCUGGGAAGCAUUCUGAGGAAGAGCAAACUACCUGUUGGAGGGGGAGCUCGAGCCCCACAGGGGAGCUGUAUGGCAUCAUAGGCUUCAGCAUGCUGAACUGUUGCCUCUGUGGGACAAAGGGUUAAAAUAACAAAUAACAAAACUGUGCCUCGCCAACAUUUUACAGUAUUCUUUAAACACCUUUUUUUCUCUACUUUUGUGGGAUCAACCUCUGCUUCAAAAGAUUUCCUCCUUCUUUAGAAGUGACAGCAGCUGAAACCCAUAUUUAUUAUCAAUUAAAAAAGAAACACAAAAAAAGAAAGAAUAAUUAUUAUUCUCACUAACUAGCUCCUAUAGUUCAAAGACCAAGGUACAAAGAACAAAGACAGAGCUGCUGUUAGUGAAAAGCUUCGCUUAGACCAAAGAUGCCUUGUGCUCGGGAGCAGUCCGACAAAGUGAAGCAGCUGCUGGUCGUAGAGCCAUACUGCAGGAGGCUGUUGCAUUUGCCAUUUUCAGAGUGGACAUGCUGGCGCUGUUAGGGAAAGGCCAAAUUUCAAUUACUGCAGCAGGAUUUGGCCUCUCUGAUCCAUUCCCUUUCUUCCCAAGGGAUCAGAGAGCAGCUGAGUGAGGGAAGUUAAGUGUAGUAGUCCUGAGGGAGACACAGAAAGAACUACUAUGCCUGGAAGAAAUCUCUUCAGUAUCUUAAUUUUUUAUUCAGAGCUUUAUGAAGUUAACAUCUCAGAUGGAAAUUUCUUAAUAGCUGUCUUCAGGCUGCCUGGAGUCUUCACCUGUCCUGUGACAUUCUCCGUGCAGAAUUAAAAAUGCAGAUAUGCAUCAGGCAAGAUCUUCAGCCAUCCUGAUCAUUUCUGAAGCUGAUGAUGUGAUGGAGGUGCAGUGUCAGUCUGAAGGCAACAAAGUGAGCAUUAGCUACAGAAGAAAACUAUUUUUAAAUGUAAGAAUUUGAGAGACAAAUCUGGUGAAUCAAGCAAUAGCCAGAGUUUCGAAGAGCAUUGCAGACUUUGUUUCCUGUUUAUUCCACUGAGUGAGAUGUCCUCUUUGUUUUCUUCUGUCCCCUUUGUCUGCCUUACCUCAGGGUACCUCAGUGCUGGAACAGCUGCUUUCCUCUCACCCUCGAGCCUCUGGCACUGACUUUUAUAUCAUUUCAUAAACAUCGUUUCUGUGAUUCCUUAUAAACUUCAUAUUUUUCAUUCCAAGACCUAGUGAAAUGGCUGUAUUGUAGCUGUGGAGACAGGAGCAGCAGGGUUUGAGCAGAGGUAAUGUCAAGAAAUACUGUUAAGAUAUUACACAUUUACCUUAAAGCUAUUACUCCUUUGUUUUCUGUUGCAUUUCAUCCCUUGCUAUCUAUGCAUGUUGGGAUAGCUUCACUGCAGGAGAUGCCUUUUCCAUAAACAUGUCUCAUUUAGUUAAUCAUUUUUUAUAAAGGUAGUAGUAAAAUCUUGCAGAAUUUGGAAUUUGCAGCCGCAUUAGCUCUUCCAGUGAGCAUAACUGUGCCUGUUUCAUUCAAUAGAACGUCUUCUUUUACUGUAGUUUUUUUUUUUUUUUUUUUUUCCCAGUUGUGGCAUUAUUUCUCUCAGGCUGAUUAAAUCAGGGAGUUGGUAGACUGCAAACUGGGAAAACAAAAGCACAGCCUCACUUCUGCUUUUUUGACUUCAAGGCAAAGGCACUUUUCGUAAGUCUUGCAGUGACAAUCAGCUUUUUUGUGUGUGUGUGGUAUUAAAACAAGACAGUAGAACUACCUAUCAUGUUAAAAUAAAAGAGACAAAGUGGAUCACAAAAAAUAUUCAUUGUAUAUGAUGAGUAAAUGUGAACUCUCUGGAUUCUGCAGUAGAUACCUUGCUUGGCUUUUUGCUGUUUAUUGUAACUGUUAUGUACAUACUAACAAGAUUAGGCAAUUCACACUCAAAUAUAACAAGUGAUGGAUCUGAGCUGAAUUAAAGGCAUGAUUUUUUUUCUAUCUCAUGCAUCAUUAAAUAUUGCUAUUGUACUGUCUACUGAUGAUCUAUAUUAUACCUGUCACCUGAUAGCAACCACGGUCGUUAUGGUAAUGUCAAGAUUUUGAUUAUAGUCCCUUCUGCGAUGUAGGCAUCCUAUGCUUAAAAAUGUGUUGUUGAGAUGGUAGUGUCCCAUUCUUGGUCUUGACCCAAACACGAAUACAUUCUGAGGUUUUUGAUGGAGAGGUAAUUUAUUUCUGAGCUACUGUCAUUCAUUCAAGGACUAUUCUAUACUUAUAUGUAUAUAUGUGUGCGUGUAUAAUAAAAAAAAAAAAUAUAUAUAUAUAUAUAUAGCCUUUUGAACUACCUUUUUUCUUAAUUUGAUAUGAACAAAAUUUGUAGGAACUUCUUAUCCCUUGCCAAGUAACCCUUUGGCUGAGUUUGGGAAUUUAAGACUAUCAAAGACCACAGCUGUUACUCAGAGAUCAGCGAAACCACUAAAAUGCUUGCUGGACAGCAUGUGCCCGUGUGUCAGAUAAGGCCAUACCGAUUUGCGACACAGUGCAGGUAGCGCCCCGUGUUCAGAGCGCGGCUCCUGGGGCACAGCCCAAAACCUCGGAUGCCCAGAGGCUGAUCAGGGAACCAGAGCCAGGAGGGCGCUGAGACCCGCGCUGCCUGGGCUGUGCUCAGCAGCCGGUGCAGGUAGAGGAAGACUGGCCAGGGAAUAAAAGACAUCAUUCCACGGGGUGGUCGGGUUUCUGUGGAAUUUAAGGGCAGAAUUCUGAGAAUCGGUUUUAGGUCAUUAUCCGUUAUCUUCAGAUUUUCUUACCAUUGUUGGUCUAUUUCCUUCUAGAUUAGGGAGACAGUUGUUUAUUUAAUUCUAAGGAAAAAAGUCUCUCAUUCAUAUACAAAUGCGUAAACCAGUUAUCUUCCCAAAUGGGAAUGCAUUCCGAGGAAUCUUUGUGAAUGUAAUUCUGUCAGCAAAGGGAAGAUAAAGCAGCAGUUAAAAACAAAAGCACAUUGCAUGUAAACCUAAGGGUCUUGUAACUGUUACCUCAUUUUCUAAUAUCUAUAACUGUAAAAAUUAUGUUAAGGUAAUGAAUAAAAUAGCUGAUUAUACAUUAAUUUUAUCUGUAAUUUGAAAAUUAUUAUGAUCACCACACUCAGGAUUGAAUGGCACAAACAGCUUUUCAUUUCUGAUUGAGGUCUCUGUAGAAAUGCUGCAGUGUUGUUUUGCUUUCUGUCCUCAUCACUUACACAGUGCUGUGUUGAAAUACUACAUUUUAUUGAUUUCAAAACAAAAAACGCUGGUAACUUGUUGUAAUACAUUUUUGGUAAUAUUUUUACACAGUGUUUGGUUUCGAGCACAACUGUACAUUUUCUGUGCCAGCCCUCCCCAGGCUAACAUACAUCCCAUUAUGUGAAUGCUUUUGUUCAGACAGUCUACGAGCAAACUCUUGCCAAGGAUGUCCGUCACCAUGCCCAGUGAUGGCAGGGUUGUCUUCAGAUAUUCAGCAAGGGUUUCUGAUGCUAGUGGGUGCUGUCAGCAGUGAGGGCGGCUGGCUGUGUGCAGCAGAACAAGGCCAGCCAGCCAGUGUGCAGGAGGGAAGUGACCGCUUUGUUCUCCCUCACAGAAGCCAGUUGCAAAGGAUCACAACUCUGCAUCCCUGUAGAAAGUGCUCAGUGAUGUGACUACACACCGAGUAGCACAUUUAUCCUCAUAUCUCCCCAGACUUCCAGUGAAGUUAUGUGAAAAGGAAGAUAGGGCAGUGGAAUCUCAGCUUGUCCAUUAUUUAAGGCUUAAAGCCUUAGUUCACCCUGACCGUUUAAGAAGUUUGUUUGAUGAGUAGAAUUUAAUGGAGAAUCUUUAUCUUGCCAUUGAGCGUGAAGUAAGAUUCGGAAGACUUGGCUGUUUCACUGCCCACUGCUGCUGGGCAUUGGCAGCACAAGUCCGUGUAAUGAUCCAGUGUGGAUGAAUUGAACCAUGUGGGAGACACAGCAGGAGAUAUACCUCCUAGUAGGAGGCACAGCAGUGAAUUAGGAAGAAGGAUCAAGAGCAAGGGUGGAUCUUGUGUAUUCCCAGCUCACCCCAAGCUGCUGAGGGCAUGAGCCAGACCUGGAGACUUCAUCUGCUGUUCUGCUGUGUCCUUUGGUAAGGGGACUGGGUUUGUUGCUGUCUGCUUGUGUAUAGGGAUGUCCCACUCACAUUGCCAAGGCAAAGGCAACCCAGGCAGCUUUCAGUGCAUCUCAGAUUCCAGAUAUUCAUCUGGAAAAUGGGAAAUCCAUUACUUGAAAAGGGUUCCUAUUUCACACAGCUUGUUACGAGUUGUGGUGGAUCAUUUCAUGUCUGCUCGGUAAUUCUUAUAAAAGAGCCUUUGUUACUAAGGAAAGAGGCACAAAAAAACCCUCAUAUGAAUUAAAAGUGUCUUUGUCCAUUUAUUUUUUUCCUUUCUUGACACAUCAGGGGAUCUUCCAAAUCUUUUCAAGUAUUGCCUCUUUGGGAGCAGGGAUUGUUUUAGAACUGCCUUCAGCAAUGUGAGAGGAUUUAGCCAUGCUGCCCUUGAUGUCCUGUGAAGUUUGUAUUAGUAUUGGUGUGGUGCCAGAGCUUCAGCUGAGGCACAGGUAGGUUGCCUAGAGCAUUGGGAUGGAUCUUGAUUUUCCACUUUGGAGGGAAGGUGUUAGUGUGUUCCAAAGGAAAAUCCAGAUCUUAGUCUCCCAGUUUUAAAUGGGUGAUCAGAGAGGAGUUCCUUGAGAGGCCGGUAAUUUUGUCCUCUUAUUCAGUUAUACGUCUAGAGAAAUAGUCGAGGGUAUCGACAGUUACAUUAACAAUGGCUCCCUGGGACUCUUCCUUUUGUUACAGCUGUGGAUAGAGUCCAGCAGAGAAUUACUGAGGUCAGGAGAAGCUAGAUGGCACUAUGGUCCAAAGAGAUCUUGUGCUGCUGCAGCUGAACAGGAUGAAGCUGUGCAAGUCAUCUGGUCUACAACACCUCUGGAUUUUCACAGAUACCAGCAAAAACAGGGUCAGAAUCCCUGAAAUGGAAUGAGAGAGGGAACAGGGUUUCCACUGAUGCAGCUUUUGUUUUUUAACACUGACAGCAAAUUGAAUAGUUUAGGAAACAGGUUUAUAUUUAAGUGUAUGGACAAGAAAGAGAAAAUUGCAGAUGUAAAAUGGCUUUAAGAUUAUCUGCACAGAUAAAACUGAGAAAUAGGUAGUGCAUCAUUGACAUAACAUUACUUAUGCAUAUUUGUUUAUUUUAAAUGUACAUUCAGAUUCUUCUGCUCAAAUAUGUUAGUAAAUGCGGAAGUAGAUAAGUUAUGCACCACAUCUGUGCGGUUACAGGAAACAAACAUCUUUAUGUGGUCCAGAAAACUGGAGGGGAAAAAUUCCUCCCUGAUCCACUUAUAAAUGUCAUUGCUCAUUUUUUGAAGGAUGGAGCACUGCCAAAUAUGAAUGUUGUACAAGUAAAUGUCUGAGCUAGUUAGUGUAAGACACUCAUAAAGUUAUCUUUAUCUGCACAUAUUUUAUUUUUCAUAUGUUGAUUGUCUUAAUUUUAAAAAUUUUUAAAAAUGUUAGUUUUUAAUUUCUAGAACAAAAUGAUUUUUUAUUAAUUUAUAGUCAUGUUUAGUUAGCUAAUACGUGUAAUUCAUCCAUUGGUAUUUUUAUUAGAAGUUAAAGUCAGACAAGAUAUAUUAAUAUGAUUCUUAAUAAAAUUGUAAGGCCAAGCAAAGCUUGUAUUUCACCUCUAAUUGGUAUUUAAGAAUACAAAGAGGCAAUAUAAGCUUAGGUAUUCCUUAUAACAACGUCAAAGUUAUUAAAAAAGCAAAACUCAUAAACAAAAAUAGCCCUAAGCUGUGGAAAUCUGGGGAGGUCUUAUUUAAUACUGAGUUUAAAGAAAAUCUGAGCAUUUGAAAGUAAAUAACAUCCAGGCAGCCCAAUAACUUUGUGUCUAGGGUGAAGCCAGCCUCCAGGCUUGUUCAUUAGUGCUUUUGCUCACGCCGUGAGGGGGCCAGCACUGAGCCAGUGCUAUGUUUGGACUAAGUUCCUCUGCUACAGCCAUGGGCCUGUCACAAAACACAGGCACUAAAUGACUGGGCAUGUAGGAAUUUGUCAAGGCAGAAGGUAGCCAUGAGAUACCAUACUGUGCCUUCAGGGUUCAGUACACCCGUAGUGUGACAGUAACAGGCAUGGAUAGUGACAUUAAUUUGGAAACGCCAGAAAAGCUUUGAGGUUAGUCACUGGUUGGGAGGACUCUGAGGAACUUCAGGGGAACCUGCAGAAAGGACUAGCAAGUUCAAAUGAAAAGCUUAAUAUAAUUACAGAAUUUUAAUCCGUACACAAUCACAAACCUGUAUUACAAAUACGGGCAGUGACUAGCAGCUGGAAGAGAAAGUGCUGAGGAGUAGGACUGAAGCAGAGAAAAUGAGGUUGAAAGGAAUAGGAGAACAAGUCACCUCCUUAGGAGUGAAACUGAGCUAGUGGACAUAGCCAAGAUGAAAUAGUGGCAUGGAUGCCAGAAGGAAGUUUAUCAAAAUUACUUCAGGAGAGGCUCGAAAAGAGGGAAUCAUCUGUAGACAGAAGGCAUAGUGGAAGAAAGAGGUCAUUGAAGAGGUCAUUGUACAGAAAGUCUGCAGAGAAGCAGGUCCAUAUGAACUGGCCGUGAGAUUGGAAAUGUGAAGAACCAGGCUAUUGGAACAACUGUAUGCUUGAAUAGCUUUCCCUUGGGCUAGCAGAGAGCCAACAAAUCGAUUGCCUUUAAUAUGGCACUGACUUUAAAAAAAAAAAAAAAAAAAAAAAAAAAGUGAAAUGAAUUACAGAGCAAUUAUUUUUGAGAUCUUCCUCCCAUUUCAGAAUGCAUUGAAUUUAUCAGCUCCUGUUCUAUUGUGUAUUUGAUGAUUCAGGAGUUCUUUUUAGCCCCCGUGCUCAGUAUCAGUGUGCUAGGAGGACAUGUUUGAAGAUCAAGUGGGGAAAACGAUGCUUUCUGAGGGGUGGAAAUCUUAAAGAGUCCUCUAUGACCAGCAUGGCUAACUGGAGGGAUUUAGGAAGAAAAUUCAGAAUAAAUUAUAAGAAAAUACAAAAUCUUUCCCUUAUGUCAACAACGUGUGAAAAGCUCUGGUUCCUGUUCACACCAUGUAGAAACGCCACCUACUUGCUGCUCUGCCCAGUGUUUGCAUUGAAUACCCAGAUGCUAUAUAUUACACAGGAAAAGGAGCACUUUCCAGUAAGUAGCAUCGUUCCUUCAGCUUACAUUAACACACAGCAAAUAAUGAGUCUUGUCCUUUAUUCAUGUGUGACUACUGCUUUAUUACGGUGCAGUGUCUCAUUUGGCACCUGACUUUCAAGAUCUGGCUGGAGGUUUCAGCCUGGUACAUCACUUACAUAGCUCUAAGUUUUGCUUUGUGCUGCCUCAGCAGCAGGAAGGACCAUCCACAGAGUACUGCCUGACCUAAAACAUUUCUUUGCUUUUCUUCUUUUGUCGCUCAAGUGCUUUCCUCCUAGAAUUCAAGGAAACUCUAAUUUUCUGGUUUCUGAUGUGUCAAAUCCUUUUAAAGAAGUGUGGAUGUUGGCUGAACCUUCUGCAGGUUCAGUCUAUAAUGGAUCAGCUGAAUGGAAGCCAAGAAGUUCUCUGAUGUCUACUAUAAGCCAAGGGUCAUGUUGUAUAUGGUGCAAAAUGCAUGCAUGGUGACAGGAAGCAGACUUUUCCCUAUGUUUUAAAUAAACAAUAGCAGAUCCAAUUUCUAGUUAUUGGUGAUAGGAAGAUCUCCUUGUUCUGUCUGAUUUCUGUUUCCUGUAACUCUGUAUAAGGUACAUCUCAUUCAUGUUUGCUGUCAUUAUUUGUAUUUUCUAAAUGUGUGAUGCAGCAAGUUCUUAAAAAUAACCAUCAACUUUGUAUUUGUUUCCAAGAAAAUGCUGAUGCUUAAAUAAAGUACUAAUUUUGGAUUGCA